AAUGAUCCUGGUAAUGGUUCGGAACAUCAUCUUCCUCGUCUUAGGCAUUAUGUUGGGCAUUCGACUGACCGAUUUUAUAGGCUACCUGAAGCUGUGGAGGAAUAACGACUUGCGGGCGAGUGAGAAGGCUGCUCUACUUAAGUAUCCAGUGGCCUCGGAGGAGCACCUGGCUACCUGGUUGAGAAGGGAGGUGCGCAUACUCUGCCUAGUGCUCACGAUGCCAUCUUCACAUGCCACAAAGGCGGCGCUGGUGAAUCGGACAUGGGGAGCCCGGUGCAACAAGCUGAUCUUCAUGAGCAGCCAAACAGAUCCCAACCUGAACAUACUUCAGAUAAACAAAUCCGAAUCCCGGAAGAAUCUAUAUGCCAAAGUGCGGACAGGAAUGGCCUACGUACACGAGCAUUACCUCAACGAGUACGACUGGUUUCUGAAGGCCGAUGAUGACACUUACAUUGUAAUGGAGAAUCUGCGCCUGUUCCUUUACCCUUACGAUCCGGAAUCGUCUGUGUACUUUGGCUGUCGCUUCAAAGCGUAUUUUUCCCAGGGCUACAUGUCCGGUGGCGGAGGCUACGUGCUCAGCAGGGACGCCUUGCGCCGUCUGAAUCUGUUCGCGCUGAACAGCACCACCAUCUGCAAGCUGAACGGGGAGCCCGAGGACGUACAGAUCGGUCACUGCCUGCAGGAUGUGGGUGUUGUAGCGGGAGACACCCGGGACUUCCAGGGACACCACCGCUUCCUGCCCGUCAAUCCCUUCACGGUAUUCCCCACCAUACUAACUAACUCCUGGCUGGAGGGCUACUUCUUCCACAAGCCAAAUAGAAGUGACUGCUGUGCUGCUUCGGCUAUAUCCUUUCAUUAUGUCAAAGACUUUGAGUUCGAGCUUUUCGAGUUCUUCCUGUAUUACCUGAGAGUCUUUGGAUUGCACAGGACGCCGAGGGCUCUUCCGUCGCGCUUGGGAUUCCGUCAGAUGAACGAGCGGCUGCAGCAUUGGUCCCAACAAGUCACCGACAACAAGAACUAACCAAGGAUAUCCAAGGAUACAUCUAGUCCUGCCUUUGAACCCAUUAUCAACAAGCAUUACAUACUUAAUCUACGAUAUGGAACAUAGGAAAAUAUAUUGUUAUCAUUUUACCGCUGGAAAAUGCGAGUUAUAGAAAGAACUCACAUGCUAAGAGUA